UGAAAUCAAGCUCAGUCUCUUUUAGUAAAUUAGACAAAUCAGUUCAUUUACCUUUAUUAAAAAUGCGGAAUGUGUCCUAUCUUACUGUUUUUCCAAUUCCAAAAUCUAUCUUUUUUUGGUGCAUUCUUUUUUUACUGACCAGUCAGGUAUCGGUGCAAAUCGAAAAUGAAACGUUUGCGAGUGCAUUUAAAUUAGAUGAUAUUCAAUCCAAAGAAUUGAUCUCCCCGGAAUAUAAUGAAAAUAAUAAACAAAUAUCAAAUGAAGCGUUCGAUAAUUUGUCAGAACAAAUGGAUUUAUAUAAAGAUAGAAUCAACUACAAUGAGAAGAGCGAAGAAGAAAAAGGGGAAGUUCCAAUUAAUGUCGAUGACAAUUUUAAACAACAAAAUACAGUUAAUGAAGAAAUCAUUUCUAGUAAAAGUAACCCGGCUGCAAAAUAUGUAAGAUAUGAUUCUGAUUCAGCGGAAGCAGACAGAUACGCACCUCGCUCGGAUGAUUCAGUUCCAGAUUAUGUCUUAACAGAGACAAGAUUGAAAGAAAUCAGAUCCAAAUUCAUGUAUUGGUUUUUCGAUAAAGGAGGUGACAACAAUGAAGGCGAUUAUCAAAAGGAAAUCCAAGCUUCGACACCUCAAACGCAUAAAAAUUUCAAUUUUCAAUUACCCUUUUUUGGAUUUAGAUUCAAUUACACUAGAGUAUCAAUGAAUGGUUUCUUAGAAUUUAGUGAUCCGCCGGUACAUUACACGUAUCCUCUUGUUUUCCCGGUUAAAGAUUGGCCAAAGAAGAACGAUCCCAGUUUCAUAGGAAUAUUUUUCAGUAAAUGUCGCAUAGGAGAAAUACGGCAAACAGAUAUAGAUCAAAGAAAACCAGGUGUAUACUUUAGAAUGGAACGAGAUUUACAAACGAGAAGAGAUCAAUUUGGAGUCGAAAUGCGCGAACGUCUUAAGUGGGAUAUUCGCGAGGGUAUUAUUGGUACCGACGCUUUCGAGCCUAAACACGCAGUUAUAGUAACGUGGAAGAAUAUGUCUUUCACCGGUGGUAUCGAUAAUUCCUUGUACAUCACUAACACUUUUCAAAUGGUCCUAGCCACUGAUGAAGUGAACACCUAUGUGAUAUUUAAUUAUCUGGAUAUUCAGUGGACCAGUCACACAGAAGCUGGUGGUGAUACUACGCGUGGUGAAGGUGGAGUUCCAGCAUUCGUUGGUUUUAACGCUGGAAAUGGUACACAAAGUUACGAAUAUACGCCUUACUCUCAAAGAUCAUCCAUCCGUGAUUUGACCGGAAGAGGAUGGGCAAAUAAAUUUCCAGGACGACAUAUGUUUAGAAUAGACGAAAUAAUACUGCCUGCAGUUUGCAAUAAGGAUAUUGCUGGAUCAAAUUUGCCUCUUGUAUUUGCGCCCGAAAGUGGAAACAUGUUGGGCGGUACAAUUGUAAAUAUUACUGGUCCAUGUUUCAACGAGACUGAAAAAAUUCGAUGCAUGUUCGAGAACGAAUGGGUGAUAGGUACUGUGAUCGAUAAAAACCGAGCGAUUUGCGUUCAACCGUUUGUGAAAGCGCAAGGAUACAUUAGAUUCGCAAUCAGCGUUGGUGACAGUAAAAGUUACGAUUGGAAAGGAAAAUAUUUCAUUGAGACCCCAGCUACAGCGGCAGAGAAGAUCUUUGUAUCGAAUUCCGUUCAUCAAGCAACUCCUGCAGAAAUAAAAAUUACUUGGGUUCCGUAUAAUUUAACCAGUAAUUUGAACGCAGGAGUACAGAUAUCUUUAUGGGGAUACCGUGAAACAAAAACUACUCCUGAAUUCGAAUAUAUCACUACUUUGGAGAGAGCAUAUACAAAUUUGGGAUACUACAUUAUUAGACCAGCUACAUACCGUGAUGAAAACAAUCCUUUUCAACAAGACUUAACUUUCGGAUUUCUUCAGCUUAAUUUAACAGAUCCACAGCAACAUACUGGUUUUGACAUCACACCUAAUCUAUGGAGUAGGCCAAUUCCAUUGGCUUGGUAUUUUGCUCCCCAAUGGGAAAGAAUGUAUGGAUCGAAAUGGUCUCAACGACUUUGCGACAAAUGGAUCAUGAAUGACAGAUAUUUGAAGAAUUUCGCAGCGGAAGUAUCUCUGUGUCCGUGUACCUUGAAACAUGCGUUAACUGAUAAAGGUCGUUUUCUUCCGGAUUAUGAUUGUGAUAAGGAUGCAAAUUUGGAUUGCAUGUACAAUUUGCAUGCGCAUCAUUGUGUGAGAACAGGUGCACCAAAUAUGGAUGGUUCCGAGCAACAAUGCUGUUACGAUAAAAAUGGUUAUCUGAUGUUGACUUACGAUCAACAAUGGGGUUCAAGACCACAUAGAUCACACAAUUUGGGUUAUUAUCCAUGGGACGAGGCAAAUAAGGUUCCAAGUUUGUCGCAUUGGUAUCACGACGUAAUACCAUUUUAUAUGUGUUGUAUGUGGCAAGAGGAACAUGCAGUUGGUUGUGAAACGUUCAGAUUUGAAAGACGACCAAGUCAAGAUUGCAUUGCAUAUCAAUCUCCAGCUAUUGCAACGGUAUUUGGUGAUCCCCAUAUCGCAACAUUCGAUGGUUUGGAAUACACAUUUAAUGGAAAGGGAGAAUUCGUUUUAGUACGUGUAAAUGACUUGAAGGAUAAGCUUGAUAUUCAAGGAAGAUUUGAACAACUACCAAAUAACUUAUACGGUGAAGUUAAAGCUACUCAAUUAACAUCUAUAGCAGCAAGAGGAAACAAUUCUGCAACCAUAGAAGUUCGAUUAAGACCUAAACACGCGCAAUGGAGAUAUCGUCUCAACGUUUUUGCGAAUAAACAACCAGUAUAUUUCGAUAGACCAGCUAUAAAAUUCCAACACUUUACUGGCGUAGUCGUUUACACGCCUACGUACAUUUUGAAUCAAAGUCAAGUGAUCAUUAUGUUUGAUACUGGUGCCGGCGUGGAAGUGAUCGAAAACGAAGGAUACAUGUCAGCCAGAAUUUAUUUACCCUGGACAUAUUUGAAUAAAACCAAAGGAUUGUUUGGCAAAUGGAACUUUGAUAUCGCAGAUGAUUUGAUAACUCCAGAUGGCCAACAAGUAGCAACAUCCAAUUUGAACCACUUUGAGACUGUGCACAAAGAUUUUGCAAUUCAUUGGAUAUUAGAAGACAAGGAAGAUGAUGCUAGAGGAGCUGCCUUAUUCAAGAGAGAGUUUGGUAGAACUGCAAGUUAUUAUUUUAAUAAAACCUUUGAUCCUGAAUGGCGAAGAUCGCCAGAAGAAAUAUUGUCUUCUAACAGAUCGUAUGAUAUACAACGAGCUGCUGAUCUUUGUGGAGAUUCAUAUCAAUGCCGAUAUGAUUAUGCUAUGUCGCUUAAUCGUGAUAUGGCUCAUUUUACAAAAAAUUAUUAUAAUACAUAUACUGAAAUAAGAGAAAUUAAUAUGAAAGAAACAGUUGUUUCAUGUGGUAUAUUAGAAACACCACGUUUUGGACGAAAAAGUAAUUUCUUUUUCGUACCAGGUACAAAGGUAACUUUUGAAUGCAAUCAAGAUUUUAUAUUAGUUGGUGAUCAACGUCGUGUUUGUACUCCAGAAGGUUAUUGGAAUAUUCCAGAAUAUGGAUAUACAGAGUGUCUACGUCAAGUCGAGUAUACUCAACGUACAGCAUGGACAACAAUGGGCAUUAUUUGCGCCGUUUUAAUCCCUGUAACAGCAUGUGUCGCUGGUGCUUUUCUUUAUAUACGAAAGAAUCAAAAACAAGAAAGUUCCGUGAAAUCGUGGCGUUAUUCUGAACGCGGGUCUGGUAUUGACAAUGAUUCAACAUUGUCGAAACAGGCUACGCCGUUAAAAAUAUACGAUAGACCAAUUUCACCUAUUAGCGAUACUAGUAACAGUCCUCCAAGUGGGGUUAAAAAACCUCUUUCUUAUGACAAAGUAUAUCGUACUAACGAGCCUUUGCCAAACAAACCGGAUGUUGAUUUCGAGGACAAAGAUUGGGAUCUAAAAGAACCUAGUUCUCCGACAGAUUUGGAAAAAAGUUUAAUAGAAUCUAAAAAGGCUGGAAGUCCUAGUAAAGAAAGUGACGUGUAAAAUAAUUGACAAAAUAUCACGAGGCA